CCUUUUGUCAGUGUUGACAUUGAUUGCGGUAACAAUCAAAACAAAUAAGAUUUUGUAAUUAUUAUUUUUUUUAACAUGAAAAACAUAUUAGUGAUAGCUGUAAGGGCAAAAUAAGUAAAAAAAAUGUGGGUGGAAAAUUACCAUUGGCAUUACGAUUAUGCCCGUUUAGCUUGGGACACGGGGUUUUGUUUCGAUAAAUAUAAAUAUCCCAACUUGGAUAAGAAUAAGAUAUGUUUAAUAGACGUCGAGCGCAUAAUAAAAGAGAGGGACGUCGCUUCUGUAGAUCGAAAUAUUUCUACAGUUGUCCAAUACGUUUUGGAAAAUGACCAAGCAGAAGUUUUAGAUGUUAAUUUUGUCAAACUCUUCCGAUUAAGCCAACUAUCAGUAGAAUACUUAUUAUUUUGUAAGAAAUAUUUAGAUAGGACCGUUGUUUUGCUCAAAAAAGAUGUUGUUAAGUUGAAAGAGGAAAUAAAAGAAAUGAAAGCUUACACAGAAGAAUUGGAAACGCACAUAUCGUCUUCGUCUUCGAGAAAUACUCCAGUGGUGUCGUUCAAAUGCGACAUAUGUUCGAAAUUAUUCUCCUCGGAAGAUUAUUUGAAUUCCCAUUUGAAGAAAAGACACAACGGCGCUCAAAAUAAAAUUGGAGGAAAUUCCGAAGCGGAGAAGCUUCAUUCAGAGAUAAAAGAGUUGAAGGAAAGAUUGAACAACACCGAAAAGUUUAUACAGGAAAAACCGACCGAAAAAGAAAUUGAUACGUAUAAAAGCCAUUUUAAAGAAAUCGAUAAAGACUCGGACGAUAAAACGACAAAACUUGUGAGCGAAAUCCAAGACAGCUUCGAAAAAUUUCGAAAACAAGUCGAAGAGAAAAUGGGCAGUUUGCAAUCGGAGAAAAACUUUUUUACCGAAAAGUACGACAAACUUUUCGAAAUUGUGUUGCAGUACAAGAACAGAGAACACGAAAUCGUUAAAAUAGAUGAAAGUAAGCCGAUUGAAAUACCAAAAAUUGAAAAUACCACACAAACUAGCGUCGAUGAGUAUCAUAGUAAAAAGGAAAAAACAAAAAAUUUGCAAAUUUAUACCGUUCAGCAUGAAAACGUUUUCGAUGCAACAAAGAAAAUUAAAGAUGCUGAUGAUAGGGAGGAGAAUAUUGAUGAAAAAAUUGAAAGAAAAUUAAGCAAUUUUGAAGAAAAUAUAGAAAGUAAAAUUUCGAUAGGCCUAGGUCAUAUAGAAGACCAAAUACAAGCCUUCUGGGAAAAAUUAUCGGAAGUCGAACUGAACCAAACGAAAAUCGGCGACCACAUUCAAUCUACAGACGCGACCGUUCGACACACCACUUCAGACAGUUCUCCGCAAAAUAAACCUAAAAUCAAACCCAGAACGAAGCUGACCAAACAAACCACGCACGCUCCGGAAAAAGGAAGUAACGCCGAAAUUGUUAAACAAGAAUUAGACAAAAUACUGGCUAUGAAAAGCGAUUCUACAUCUAAACCCGAGAUCGGUAAAGUCCAGGUCAAGUUAGAAUCCAACUCUGAGUUUAAACCUGCCGUGGUUAAGUCAGCUGUUAGUAAAAUGUACGAAUCUACCACGGAGGAUGAUUUAUCCAUUGAAGAAGAUACGGAUUCGUCUGAGGAUUUUGACGAAGAUAAACCUAAGCGUGUAGAUGACGCUGUGAAUGGCGGUAUAACUUUGGUGAAGAAGAAAAACUCUCCGGUACAUCUUAAAAGCAGCGCCACCGACAGUAAAGUCUCACCGAAAAAACCUAUAAAAUUCGAGGUAAACUCGAGUAAACCUAAAAGUUCUAUAUUGAAGAACGUUUCUUCUAUAAAAGGCGACGUUAAAAUCAGCGAAAAAAACAUACGAACAAUGCGAAACCAACUGAAUGACCUAAUCGAUGUUAGUCUACAAGAAAUGGGGAUAAAUCCCCAUUGGAGAGGCAUUCCGAAGAAAACGUUCGAAAGGGCUUUGGAUAUUGUGAAUCAUCAGGCUUGUUUGAAUAAAAAGUGUCUUCCAAAUUAUGAUUCCAUAAAAAAAUCGAUCGAACAAUCAUUGAAUUCAAGCAAAGAACUGAAAAAACUUAAGCAAAAAGGACAGCCCACUGUUACCAGGGAUUCCCCGAAUCGAAAAAAGUCGAAACGCAAUGUUGUCAGACUUCAGAUUAGGAAACAUUUACCGGAGGAAACAGGAUUGAAGCCAGACUCCGCCGUGACGAUAAAAAACCGUUCCUUAUACGACACCGAAAGCGAAACCGACAUAAAAACGUAUCUGCCGAAAAAUUUCGAUCAGAAAAAAGUCCACAGUGCCGUCAUCGAAGAAUUGCAAUCCAAAUUUUCUGAAAAUCGACCCCAACAAGACACCGAUUCCGAUUUGAACUCGGUAGUUCUCUUCGAUCGAGAAGAUAAAGCGGAAACGAGAGAGAAAGACGAUACGAAAGAGACGAAAAGCGCUUUGAAAAAUGUCGCUGGUGACGGGGGCGGAGUGAAAAAGAAGGUGCUGUUCGACGUCGAGGAUUCGGAUAAGAAUGAUAUUAGAAAAAAUGAGGUUGAAGAUAGGAAAGACGGCGGGGAUAACAGUUUUUCUGAUUUUGAAAUUACCGAAUAG